AUUAGAGCCCCCUAAGGACCCCCGGCUGUUCGUGGCUCUGUACUCGGAUGUACUUCCGCAUACACCGCCAGCCUGACGCUUCUCUCAUCCGUUUUACAAACAAAUAACAGGAACAAGGCUGAGGUCGGACUACAAGCCCCACAAUCCCGCGCGGCGAUGUAUUUGAGCGCUGCGGCCGGGGCAGACGUGUGGCCGCUAUUUGCAUGAAUGGGUGUCAGAGCGAGUCGGCGGCUGUGGAGGGAGCGGAGCGGGGAGUAACUAUAGGACACACCGCGAUCUCCGGAGGGGGAGGAGGGCGAUGCCGAGGGACGACAUGACCUCCCUGAUCCAGAAGAUCGCCCGCCAGGCCGGACUCACGUUCCGCGGCGCCGGCAGCGGAGGGGACGGGAAGGGCUUUGCGGAGAACGUGACGCAGCUAAGGAAACUGGUGAGCGAGAUCCGGGCGGAGGACCUGAAGAUCCGCCCGCGGAAGAGCGCCCAGGCCCCGGUGUCCGUGCCGCACAACCCGCCCGUCACCUACAUGCACAUCUGUGAGACGGACGGCUUCAGUAUGGGGGUGUUCCUGCUCAAGGGCGGCUCCAGCAUCCCGCUGCACGACCACCCGGGGAUGCACGGCAUGAUCAAGGUGCUCUACGGUAAAGUGCGCAUCAGUGGCUUCGACAAGGUGGAGCCCCAGCCGGCUGCCAGUAGCGGCGCCCUAGUGCGAGCCGCGCUCCGCUCCACCGGGGAGUACAGCGACUCCAGCCCGCCCUGUAUGCUCAGCCCGCACCGGGACAACCUGCACCAGAUCAGCGCUGUGGACGGGCCCGCCGCCUUCCUGGACAUCCUGGCGCCCCCCUAUGACCCGGACGAUGGCCGGGACUGUCACUACUACAAGUUGGCCCCGUCCUCCCCCGAGCAGAGCGGGGACGGUGCGGCUGAGGCCUCCGGUGUUCUCCCCCGGGAGGUGUGGCUGCUGGAGAUCCCCCAACCUGAUGAAUUCUGGUGCGGGGGGGAGCCCUACCCGGGGCCCAAAGUGUCAGUCUGAGCCUCCAUGACCCCCCACCUCCUCCAAUCACUCAGAGGCCCCCGCCCCCCUCUGCUCACUAUGAGGGUCCCCACUUACCCCUCCAAUUAAAGAAGAAUGGUCAGUCAUCUGUAGAGAGAUGGGCAUGGGGGGCACUUAAACCGCCUCAUUGUACACUGCUGCCAGGGGCGGGGGAUGCUCAUUGCCCCCCACCUCAGAUAACUACUGGAAGUCCUUUCUGCCGAACCGUCGGGGUGCAGCUGCUGCAGAGCCUCUUUGGUCGCCAAGUUGGCCACUUACGAUUACCGUAAAGGAUCAGAUAUACGCUCAGUAAAAAGUUGGAUACGUAUAAUGUACUUGCUUUGGAGUUGUCCAGCAGAGAUGAUUGAGCGCCAACUUGUAGGACGCAAACAUGGCGGCUUAUGUCAUCCAGAACUGUAUUGGUCUCAGCUGCCAACAUAUAGGGAUGUUACAAACUCUGUCUGCCCCUCCCCCCGUAUCUUGUACCCCUGCAAAUGUAUACGCCAACGAGUGGUGGUCUUCAACCCGCAGCCCUCCAGCAGUUGCACUACUACAACUCCCAUCAUGCCCUGAUGGCUGCGUUGUAGUUCUGUAACUGCGUGGGCAGGGGACACUGCCAUAAAGCCUCAUUAACUACUUCCCUGCCAUGCUUCUCUGUGUCCCAUCCGACCCAAGGCUGUGAUCCGAUGGGGUUCACUACAGUGCGGAGCAGUGAAUCCUUCAUUAUAUUAUUUAUUGAAUGUGUGUAGUUUACAUCCGCUGUGGGUAAUACUACCGAAUAAUACACCUGUACAUACGGGAGGAGGGAGGGAAUCAUUCUUACAUUUUUUUUCAUUUAUUUUUUUUAUAAUGCAUAUAUAUAUAUAUAUAUAUAUAUAUAUAUAUAUAUAUAUAUAUAGGAAGAUUUAUCAAAACUUAAGUGAAACAGUUGCCCAUAGCAACCAAUCAGAGCACUUCUUUCACUUUCUUUUUAGAAAAGUAAUCUGGUUGCUAUGGGCAGCUGCUGCACUUUUCCCCCUGCACUGGUUUUGAUAAGCCUUCCCCAUUGAUCUGUGACUCCCCUCUGUAGGACUACAACUCUGCAGCUGUCAUGGCGGUGCAGAGUUUCCCAGCCAGGGUGCCUCCAGCGGUUGCAAAACUACAACUCCCAGCAUGCCCGGACAGCCAACAGCUGUCCGGGCAUGCUGGGAGUUGUAGUUUUGCAACAGCUGGAGGCACCCUGGUUGAUAAAACACUGCCAUAACCGGUAAAAAAUAAAAAAAGCAAAUACUUUUACCUCAUCCUGCUGGGAGUUGUAGUGUCCCAGCAGUUUUCAGACCACCGUGGUCUAUAGGCAAAACAAUGCCGCCUGUGUAUUUCACUAGGAUAUGUUGUCUACAUCACUACCAGACCCCUCUGCCGUCUGUGUAAAUCAUAGCAGCGUGAUGUACAGGCUCCACUAUUAAUAGCCGAGCGGCCAUGUUUUCUGAAGCCGUGCCGUAUCUCACUUCCUGGACUCUUCCGGUGGAGUAGGUUUCAUUUAAAGGGGGUUUCUCAUGAAACAAACAACAACAAAAAUUAGUAUUUCUCAAUGCACAUGGUCUUAGGAUGAAGUCUCUCUCGGGCAUAUGGGGGGGGGGGAUAUUUUAACUCUAAACAUCCAUUGACUGACAGUAUCCUCUUAAGAAGCAACAUUCCUCUUAAGUUUCCUUUGAAUUGUCCGCUGUUUAUUGUCUGGAAGCCAUAUAAUGGAUGGCGUACGUGUAACCUCCAGCGAGCUGACGGCAGACCCCCCCCCCCCCCCUUCCCCAAUAGCUGUAACUGAGUAAGGGGUUUUCAGGAAGUCUCGACCACUACUACAGAUUUAUAUUUUAUUUAAGUCACAAGUAUAGGAAUCAUAAUUGACAAUUAUUACUGCCUCUGUCCUCCUAAUGUAUAGUAUUUAUAAGUCUUAGGGUAAAUCCGCUAUAACAAUGAGAAAUCUAUUGAGUUGCCAUCUUUGUUACUAGGCCCUGAGUAGUGAUGACAUUUGCUUAUCUAACGUGUCCGUCGCACUGUUAUUCUUAUAGAAUUCAUGUGGCCGUGGGCAAUUCCUCCCCCAAUUACCCCUUUUGGGUUUCUGUCUGUAUUCUGCUAUGUUUAACUGUAAUGGAGACACAUGUAAAAUUGUAUUGUUAUUACAUUUCACAAAUUCUAUAAAUAUAAUUGUAUUUUUCUGGAAA